GUAUACAUUGAAUCAUUCUAUGUAUUGAAACUUUUUAUUCAAUUCAGGUCUUCGAUGGUUGAGUAGCYMYACUUKGUGAGCUUCAAAUUAUGGAAAGAUUACUAUUGAAGCCGAGAAACACCAUGUCUCGCGAACAUUGCAGCAAAAUUCUAACCACACUCAACGAUCACAGAAAAGAGGCCAUCUUGUGUGAUGUGACGUUGCACAUACAAAAUUGUUCUUAUCCUGCUCAUAGAAGUAUCCUAUCAGCCAACAGUCCGUAUUUUUACAAGCUCUUUACAAGUGAUAUGACAGAGAAAGCACAAGAAACGAUCAAAGUUGACUUAGAAGAGCUUGAAAUUGGYAGAACCGUCAUGGAUGAUAUCUUGUGUUACUUCUAUACGGGCAAUUUGAAUAUCUAUACGUCUACAGCACAAGAUUUAUUGGUAGCCAGUGAUUAUUUUCUUAUAUCUGACCUAAAAGAGGCUGUUGCUGAAUACAUGGCGUCUAUGAUUACAAUAGAAAACUGUUUGGUUACACAAGCCUUAGCAGAGAGAUUCAACUCACAACACCUGCACAAAACAGCCAAAUUAUUCAUCGAAAAACAUUUCUCUCUUGUGUGUAGAACAACGGAAUUUUUAGAAUUACCGCUACCUCAUCUAAUAGAAUUACUGGCAAAUGAUGAUYUAGUUUUGCAUCACGAAAGGGAGGCUCUAGAUGCAGUUUUUUCUUGGGUAAAUUACUCGAGACUUGACCGAGAAAAGCAUUUUGAUCGUAUCUUCCCUCAAAUCCGACUAGUGUCAUUCACAACAGUGGAGUUGAAUGAAUUACAAAGYAACAAKCUGGUACGAGACAAUGCUAAAUGUAUAGAUUURAUUGACCAGCUGAUUGAAUCACGUGCUAAUAAUAAUGUCGGGGAAGAGUGGAACGAUCCUAGGAAAUGUCUACAGCCGCCUCUAGAGGUUAUAGUWACAUGCGGUGGCAUGUCUCCCCAGUUCCCAGACCACUGCCCGYUAACACGGUGCUAUGUACCCGACACUAAUAGCUGGUACGAACUGAAACCAAUGUCGUGUAAGCGUAACUGGCAUGGUUUUACUAAUUGUGGUGACGCAAUGUACUGUAUCGGUGGUGARGUUGACGGUACGGUGACGUCAUCUUGCCAACGUUAUGACUUCGUCAAGAACACGUGGGAGGAUAUCGCGCCGUUACUACGUUUAACGAUCUUCCCUGCAGUAGCUGAACUGAAAGGGAAGYURUAUGUUAUUGGAGGUGUACGGAACAACCGUGCUCGUCUACAAAUAUACAACCCUGAGACGGACGCAUGGUCUUAUGGGACAUGUCUGAAUUUUGCACGUGAGAUCACGUGUGCUGUUGCUAAGAGUCCCUACAUCUACGCCAUUGGUGGAUUACAAAGUGAUAUUGGUACAUACAUGAACUCUGUAGAGAAAUACCACCCAGAGUUUGAUUGUUGGAUAACAGUUAGAUCCAUGAUUCACUCAAGAGCUGGUGCCACCGGCGUUGCCCUUAACAACUGCAUCUACGUUAUAGGGGGAGAACACGAUCUGCGCAUGGCACACAAUAGCUGCGAAAUGUAUUUCAUCGCUUAUGAUGAAUGGCAAGAUGUUGCGAGCAUGCGUGUCCCCAGGUAUUUUGCGGGUGCYGCAGURGUAGGGCARGGCUUUUUCGUGUUUGGUGGCGUAGGGGGUACYAACGUUGACUAUCUGGACAAACAAGUCGUGGAGUAUUACGAUGCUAAGGCUGAUACGUGGAAGAGCGAUUUCAAGAUGCCGUGGAGUGAAAGAUAUUUCAGAUGCGCUAAGAUACUUGCACGAAAACACUUGCUUCGAGGGCUUUCUGUCAUCGAUACUAAAGAUUAGCGGUUGAAUGCGGUGAAUUUUGAUAAUGGAUGGAUAGUGGUUUAAAGUCGAUCGAUGGUAUCUACUGCCACUCGACCACUUGUCAGUCAAGAAAGAAAGUGCAGUCUUGAGUAUGMAAGCUGGUGACUUGCUUCGUCUAUACAUUACAAUGCCAAUAUUUUUUUCCGUGGGAACGUUUUUGGCAAUUGUGAUUCUAUGAAUUUGCUUUCCAAAACAUUUUGUAACUACAGAUAAGCGGCAAAAAGUUUAUGUAAAGUGUCUUGUGACGACGAGCUAGUGAAUGUGAAAUGGAAAUUUAAAUAAAUGGGAAAAAGAAUUGAAAGAAAGGAUUGUCCAUUAUGUUGUUCGUUGGAAAACAGGUCUCAUAUGUUAGUAGACUGCGAAAUUCUAGAAAUUUAUAUAUUCUAUAACGUUUUUUUCAAUAUUAAAGGAGAAGUGGCAAA